ACAAUGGACUACUGGCUGAGUAUAAAAUGAGCUAAAAUCUGCUGACAUCAAACUGUGACAAAGAAUCCUUGUUGAGCUCACAUCUUAUUGCAGAUAUAUCUCUAUCGUCAGGCAGCAGUUGUCCAGAGUUCCAGAGUAUCAUGGCAGGAGCACGCCCCCCUCAUGAUGUCAAGUCCCAGAGUGGACUGACGUCUAUCUUCAAUGAGAAAGUGGUCAGUGCUGAGAGGAUGAAGCGCCCCAUGCCCAGCUGGGGUGGCGGCAGCGGGAGCCUGGUUGGCAUUCACCAUGAAGGUGUCAAGGUUACUACUGACAAAGGCAACCAGUAUUUAGUCCACAAAGGAAAGAACUAUGGUGUGUCUAACCAAACUGUGGUCACUGACGCCCGCCACAUGUCUGACAAAUGGCAAUCUAAGGGAUCAGUGGAUGUUGGAGGAAGAAAGACCGUCAACGACUUUGUACAAGUUGGUGGGACAGGGUACAACCUUGCAAAAGAUAACUGUAUACAAGCAUCGAAGAGAAUGAUGAACAUGGGAGGCAAAAAAUAGACUCUUGACCAAGCAUUAUUACCUCCACAGUAACAGUACACUAAGAUACAUAAUUCAAAACUGACUGCACCAAGGAUUCGUGAUUAUUUUUGGAACUUUUCAAUUUUCAUCCAAUCUGGCUCUAGGAGGAUCCAUUUAGCAGCGGAAUAAUGUACACAACAAUAUUGUUGCAAUAAUCCAGUCCUGAAACUUUGUUACUGAAUUUUGACCUUGCUUGUCUUGAACCAUUUGAUAAUAUUAACCUGCUUAGAAAUAAUAAACCUCUACA